AGAAAGGACGCGAAAGGCCCAGGAUCCGGAGCUGUGUGCUUUCGAAAUCCGGCUAUUCAAACUGAAUUCAGUUCUUAUCUAGUCCUGGAGAAAUUCAGCUUAAACACGAUUAUCUCCAAAUUUCAUCACUGCUAGGUUUGUUUACUGAAUUUAAUAGAUUAAAGGGAUUGUCGCAGGACUUCCGGGUUGUCCGGCGGCUCCUCCAGGGUGGUGGAGAUGGACUCUGCACAUGUUGGAGUGUUCAGAAACUCAAUGAUCACAAAUCCUCUUAUAAUGAAGCCUAAACUUGGGAAGACCAAAUCCAGAGGACUGUCCUAUCCAGGACCAGAUUUUGUUUACGGUGCAGUGACCACCCUCCAAGAUGGUGGAGCGGCAGAGGCCCUUUCCAGCUGGCACACUCCUUCUCUGUCCUUCUCCAACUCUGCGCAGUACAGGAAGGCAGAGCAGGACUUUGUGGCUCUGAAUCGAGAAAGUGUAAAGUCUGGUCUGGUCACGGCCAAAGAGCUGCAGCAGUACCGUGCCACUCAUGACAUCAGGCGCCCAGCCGUGUCCAAAAGCUUCAGGUCUGCUCCAGUACGACUACCACAGGACAUCACAUUCGGCGUUCCUACACGGCCUUCCACUCCGAUCUCAGCGCUGUUGGAGUACAAGUACGGCCAGAGGUGGCUGGAGGAGCAACAGGCCAAAGACAGAGCGCUGCUGGAGCACCAGAAUAAGAAGGUUCAGCUUGCGAGGAUCCAGGACACCCGUACCACCCUCCUCCGCAAGAGUCGUCCUCUGGAGAAACCACCAUCCACGUGGAAACUGCCCCACUUCCAGCAGAUUGGACCAGCUCUGGACACCUUCCGAGAUCCUGAAGCACGAAAGAAGGCCAUGGCUGCACACUACAUGGACUCAGUGGCCAGACGAGGACUGCUGGGACAGGGCACUUACACUGUGGACUGACAGGCCGAUUAUUAUCCAUAUAAUCUUCCAGUUUAUCCUUCAGAUCAGUUUUUUUUGUCUCACAGUCUGGAAAUGGAGACAGAGUUAGUGAUUUCAGCUCAUAUUGUCAAUAUUGAUGAGUGUGAUGUGAAAUUUUGGUCCCGAGUCAACACCACAGCUCUCAGUGCAUAAUUUAUGCAAUAAAUUGCUGCUUAAACUGUUGAGUCAUUUUUGGGUUUUUUUUUUCAGUAUUCCCUCAUUUAUUAAAAUCAUUCAUUUUUCAAACAUUUCACACUGCUCAAUUUCUGAGAUUAUGGUUAGGGUUAGAGGUGAUAUUAGGGGUCAUACCUUUUUUUAAAUUAUUCAAAUUCCUAAUAAUUUUGUAUAAAGUCAUGAUUAAUUUUGUUAGUGUAUAUAUUUUUAAACACUUUUAAAGGUCUUAGCCUACUGUUAAAUUUAAUAAUUGUGAUUAAAUUAUGCAGCUCAACAGUCAUCACUUAUCUGUCAGGAAAUUAGGAAAUUAUUGAUGUUUUUCCACUGAAGUCUUUCUUUCUUUCUUCCUUCCUUAAUUCCUUUCUUUCUUUCUUUCUUUCUUUCUUCCUUUUUUUCUUUCUCUCUCACUUUGAUCAGAGCUUGGUGGG